UCCGGGGUUCCUAUGCAUUUGAUUUCUGUGCAUUCCCAGCUAGUUACUAUUAUCUUGUAGAUUCAUGUGGCACUCGCACGACCACCUGUACCUCAGUGCUGUUCUUGGUGUACAUUUCCCCUCAAUAGACCGGUCGCGACGUUGAAUUACCCACUUGUGCUUCUGCUAGUUCAACAUUUCCAGCGAGGUGGCGAGUGUCAGGCUGUCAGCAUCAGCUACGACGCCACACAAUCGGAAAUUUCCGUCCAUCGAAUCUCCAACUUGAUAGUCAAUCGCCGUUAUCCUAUGUCUCUAGACUUGUAUAUGAAACUUAUCACCUCAUCCUCGAGUUAUGCGCCUGGAAUAUGAGCUUCAGAAAACAACUGAUGGCGCUAUCCUAUGCUCUGAAAUUUUGUCCACUAAGCUGGACUAUUCCUCCUAUAGUCCUAUCCCCUUUAAAUUUGACAACUGACAAGUGACAAGAACAUCAUUCGAGUUGGAGGGGCAGAAAAGUCUGAGCACUUAUCCCAUUUUCUACUCUUUGGAAUUGAACUGUCUAAGAAAGAAAAGUCUGAGCACUUGUCCCAUUUUCUACUCUUUGGAAUUGAACUGUCUAAGGGGACAGCUUAGCUCUGCUAUCUCCUUGCUCUGUUCUCCACAACCAUAUACCAAUGCCAAGCAAGGCCUAAUGGGCAUGUCUUCCUUCCCUGUUUUCAUCUUCCUGUUAAUGGUUUGUUUAUGCCAAUCCGAUGACAGGUUAACGCCUGCAAAACCACUCUUGCCUGGUGACGUGCUCAUCUCAGAAGGUGGUGCCUUUGCUAUCGGCUUUUUCUCCCUGAAAAACUCAACUUCGAGCUCAUAUGUCGGCAUAUGGUACAACAACAUCCCUGAGCGCACAUACGUGUGGAUCGCCAACCGUGACAACCCAAUCACAGCCAAUAUGCCUGGGAAGCUGGUUUUUACCAACAGUUCUGACCUUGUAUUGUUAGACUCCACAGGCCACACUAUCUGGACGACGACAAACAACUUCACCGCAGGAGACGGUGAAACUGCUGCAGUCCUGCUCGACUCGGGGAACUUGGUUAUCCAGUCACCAAAUGGCACUGACAUAUGGGAGAGCUUCCAUUACCCGACCGACACCAUCGUCCCUAAUGUAAGAUUUUCAUUGAGCUCGGCUGAUGUUACUAAGCACUUGGUUGCCUGGAAGGGGCCUAAUAACCCGUCCAGCAGCAACUUCUCCAUGGGUGGCGACACGAGCUCAGAUCUCCAGAUUGUCAUUUGGAAUGGGACAAGGCCAUACUGGCGAAGAGCUGCAUGGGGUGGUGAAGCGGUAUUCGGCAAAUUCCAGCGCAACUCCAACUUCGUAAUGUCCCAAACAAUAGUUGACACAGGGGAUGGGUACCACUUCACAGUCAAUGUCCCUGUUGGCUCACCAAGUGUACGCUUAACUCUUGAUUACACAGGCAUGUUAAAUUUCCAAAGAUGGAACAGCAGCACGUCCUCAUGGACAAUCUUCGAAAAAUUCCCCAGUCCAACCUGUGACAGGUAUGCCUUUUGUGGCCCGUUUGGCUACUGUGAUAGCACUGAGUAUGUUCCAACAUGCAAGUGCCUCGAUGGGUAUGAGCCCAAUGGUCUUAAUUUUUCCCAAGGAUGUCAGAGAAAGGAGGAGCUCAAAUGUGGCAAUGGAGAGAGUUUCUUGACCUUGCCCACCAUGAAGACUCCUGACAAGUUCUUGUACAUCAAGAACAGAACCUUCGACCAAUGCACUGCAGAGUGCAGUCACAACUGCUCAUGUACAGCAUAUGCUUAUGCUAACCUGAAAAAUGUUAACACAACGCUGGACCAGACAAGGUGCUUGGUUUGGAUGGGGGAGCUUGUCGAUGUAGAGAAGUUUGAUAGCACUUUUGGUGAGAACCUGUAUCUCCGUGUUCCCAGGUCACCAGUAAGCAAGAAGAGCACUGUACUAAAGAUCAUAGUCCCAGUUAUGGCUACUUUUCUUCUUCUAUUCACAUGCAUAUGGCUUGUCUGCAAGUCAAGAGGGAAACAUCAAAGCAAGAAAGUUCAGAAGAAUCUACUGUGCUUGAACCCUUCCAACGAACUUGGGAACGAAAAUCUAGAAUUUCCAUUGGUUAGCUUUGAAGACAUCAUCACUGCAACAAACAAUUUCUCCGAUUAUAAAAUGCUUGGGAAAGGUGGUUUUGGAAAAGUUUACAAGGGAAUGUUGGAAGGUGGCAAGGAAGUUGCUAUCAAAAGGCUUAGUAAGGGUUCUAUGCAAGGGAUUGAGGAAUUUAGAAAUGAAGUAGUUCUGAUUGCCAAACUGCAGCACAGAAACUUGGUUAGACUUCUUGGUUUCUGCAUUCAUGAAGAUGAGAAGUUACUUAUCUAUGAGUUCUUAUCUAACAAAAGCCUGGAUGCUUUCCUUUUUGAUGCUACAAGAAAAUCUUCGCUUCAUUGGCCAACUCGGUUCAAAAUAAUUAAAGGGGUGGCAAGAGGGCUUCUUUAUCUCCACCAAGAUUCAAGACUAACAAUAAUUCAUAGAGAUCUCAAAGCAAGCAAUAUCUUAUUGGACAUAGACAUGUGUCCCAAGAUAUCAGAUUUUGGUAUGGCCAGGAUUUUUUGUGGAAGUGAACAACAAGCAAACACAACACGAGUUGUUGGAACAUACGGUUACAUGUCUCCUGAAUACGCUAUGGAAGGCUCAUUCUCUGUCAAGUCUGACACCUAUAGUUUUGGUGUUCUACUACUGGAGACUGUGAGCGGCUUAAAGAUCAGCUCACCCCACCUCAUAAUGAACUUUCCAAACCUCAUUGCUUAUGCAUGGAGCUUAUGGAGAGAUGGAAAUGCAAGGGAAUUCGUGGACUCAUCGAUUUCAGAGAGUUGUUCACUUCAGGAAGUUAUACGGUGUAUUCACUUGGGUCUUUUGUGUGUCCAAGACCAUCCAAAUGCCAGGCCACUCAUGUCGUCCAUUGUGUUCAUGCUGGAGAAUGAAACAACCCCACUCCCUACCCCAAACGAACCUCUAUAUUUUACAAUCAGGAAUUACGAAACUGAUAGGUCAAACGAAUACAUCCAAACAUCCCUGAAUAACAUGAGUAUCACAACUCUAGAGGCGCGUUAGAUAUUUAGUUUCGUUGUUCCUUAAAUUUUUAAGCUUCUUUGAUCUUUGCUAUUGUACGAUCACACUGGCCAUUCAUGUUUGUACAGUUGUACACAAAAAGUGUUCCAUUAAAUGUGCUGUACUUCCUAUCGGUGAUUUGUGCUAAUAAAAAUACUCCUGAUUGUAAACUUCA